GAGGAUGAAUGGACGAAUGUUCAUGUCGACAUGAACACGAUCGGCCCUAAUAUUGCAGCUGAUACGAAUUUCACGGGGGUUUUUAUCGAUCUGGCAUCGGGAAAUGCUUCGCUGUAUUCACGUGUUACGCUCCACGCGCUCAUCGUUGAAACUCGGUGAAAAUGUGGUGAAAAUUAAUCAACGAUUGGGAGGUUAUGUUGUUUAGGGUUGCGAUAAAAUUAUCUUGCCCUAUCUCUCGGUCUCUGCAGCCUUGAACUUAAGACGGUUAGACUACAUUUCCAGUAUCAAUGUCAGACAAAUUUCGUUUGGUUUUCUCUUCUUUUCUUUUCCGGCCAAUCGCAUCGCGCAUGCGUCAACGUUCGCGCCAAAUUAUAGCCACUUGUAGACGCUGUGAUCAACCUGUUGUGUAUUUGGAGUUAGGUUUAGUUAGGACGUUUGGCGAGAUUAAUUAUCCUUGGUUUAAUUACUUUCUUUUAAUAUUCGGGGUUGAAUACUGCUAGCGAAAAAUGGAAGAGGACGACUACGAUGCUAUUCGUCAAAAAAAUAUCGCCGAAAGAGACGCUUUCUUUGCAGAAUUCUUCAAAGACUUGAAGAAGGAUACAGCUGAUUUAAAGUUGCUGGACACAUCGCGGCGUAGAAAUUUGGAAGAUUCUGACGAUGGGGAGGAGAUCGAUGAGCCCCCAAAGAAAAGACGUAAGCCAAAUGCGAAGAGGACUGAGCGCUGGGGCAGAGGAAAAGUAAAACUCGAAUUUCGUAAGAAAUACAACACACGCAACAGUGCUAAGAAGAAUAUCUCUUGCUCCAAUUCGGAUGAUACCGAUGAGGUGGAAGAUGGCGAUAAAAAGAGAAAAGGUCCAAGACUCAAGGUCCUCUUUCCUUGGGCCAUACCUUUUGAACGAGAGAUCAGUUUAAUGAGAUUAGAUUUAUAUGGGGAAGAAAAUGAGGAAAACGACGAGGAAUCUUUUACUUCGACUUCAGAAGAUGAGGAAGAGGAUGUACCGAAGAAGAGAGUAUUCCAUAAAGUACUGAAGUCCGAGUACGACCCGGACAGCAUACCUUCUCCCGAUGAAAUUACUGAGGAACAGUUGUUCAACAUUGCCGAUAGAAGUUCGGGGAAAACUUACUGCAAAGUAAACGGCACUAGCUGCCAUCAGUGCAGGCAAAAAACUUUGGACACAAAAACCGUAUGCAGAUCCGGGGAAUGCAUAGGGGUCAGGGGUCAAUUUUGCGGGCCUUGCUUGCGGGGCAGGUAUGGGGAAGAUGCGGCUGUUGCAUUAAAGGAUCCUAAUUGGGUUUGUCCACCUUGUCGAGGUCUGUGCAAUUGCAGCAUUUGUAGAACGCGAAAUGGUCAAAGACCAACUGGAAUUCUAGCUCCUGUCGUACAAGAAGAAGGAUUCUCGUCAGUUAUGGAUUAUUUGGAGUCCGCCAAAACUGAAGAGUUCUAGUCACUUGCAUGGCCAGUAUUCAUAGAAAUAUGUACAAUUGUAAGAUUAGACAAAUUCUCGACUGAAAUUUUUACUAUUUUUUCAAUAAUUUGCCAUUUGUGACAUAAAUCAAAGUUACUCUAUAUCAUAAGAUCUUUAUAAACUUAUUUUAUCGCAUGCUAGAUAAGAAUGACGAAGUUCGUUGAUAAAUAUAACUUUUUAAUAAUUAGCAAUUUUUAUUUUUUCUUCAUAUUUCUAUAAAUAUAAGUUAUCAAUUUUUAUAUCCUCAAGUAUUUUUUCAAUAGAAGGAUAAAAUGGUGUGUAAGGAUUGCAUUACUUUAUGGCAAUUAUUCCAUAGCACCUCGGGGAUAUGAGAGGAUCAAAUAGUCGCACCAGAGCAAAGUUUGAGCAAACCUUACUGUCCUGUAAAUAAAUAAUUCUGUCCAAUAGAAUUGCAGAUUCUAUAACAGAUCCAAGUUGAAUUC